CUUUUUCAGCAUCUACACUCAGGCUGACACUGAGAAGAAGAGAAGAUAAUCCUCCAGCAGCCCCAUCUCCACCAUGAAGAUUUUGACUGUGGCUGCACUUGUUUGUGCCAUGAUGGCUCUGACUCAAGCUGCUGCUCUUCCAGAGGAAACGCCCGAAAAUGGCCAAGCAGGUGAGUCAAACCUGGUCAAGAGGUCGACAGCUUGUUCUGGUGGCUGGUCUGAGUUCAGUUGUCGCCGUUUCCACUACGUUCCAACACCAAUGACUUGGGCCCAAGCUGAGGUAAAGAGUGUUUCCAUGGGUGGAAACCUUGCGUCCGUUCACAACGCCGAAGAGUACCAUAAGAUUCAGAGGCUGAUCACAAGCGCAAGUCGUGAGAACAAAGAAACAUGGAUUGGAGGCUCGGAUGCACAAGAGGAGGGUGUGUGGUUGUGGAGUGAUGGUACACCCUUCAACUAUCGGUAUUAUGGAGGGUUUGAUAACUUUCAGGGCAAGCAGCACUGUCUACAGAUAAAUUAUGGAGAUGAUAAGCGCUGGGAUGACACCUGGUGUAACGUUCGCCUCCCAUCAGUUUGUGCCAAAAAGCCCUGAUAAUUCCCAGGUGAAGAACCUCCCAGAAGCCCAAACAUGGGUGGAUGUGUGUUUGUGUGUAUGUGGGAUGCAUCUGUCUUUGUGCCAUCAGUCUCAAAUCUCCAUAUAUCUCUGUCUAAAUCACAUUUCUAUAUAUCGC